AUGUCUCAAACAUUCUCACACCCUGCCCGUGAUUCAGCCAAAACUAUGGAUAAAAAAAAUUAUUUUCCUUUGUAUGAUCCAGCCAUUCAUUUCCCUGAUGACCAAAAAACCAGUGAUGAAAAUUUUAAUCUUUUCCAUACAAGUGAUCGAACCCUAUUCUACAGACUUGUCCAUAGACUUGGUCGUGAUGUUUCCCAAUCUAUGCGUGUAGUUGCAUUCCUCAUCUGGCUGGAAAAAGCCGGUUACAGCCAGCAUGCCAUCUACAAACUGAUGGCAUGGCCGUUUUACUUGCUAGAGCAAGUUGCCGAUGAAAUCGCAGUCUUUUUAAGCUGCCUGGGGAGAGAGUUUAUUGGCAGGCAGUUUAUUUGCCUGUUCUCAGUCAGAAAGCUAUGCUCUCUCCACAUCGACUUGUUCGAAUUUCACGCAAACAGGGCGGGGAUUCUUGAGGGUGUUAAUAAAAUCGUUUCUGAAAUUUGUAUGAGGGCUUUCAAAGACAUUCUAACAGGUGAAAGCGAAUUCAAAGAUGACAAAGGAGAUGAAAUGUGGUAUGAUUAUAUCAAUCCUAGCAGUGUGCAACCUACUUUUUACCACAAUUGCGCUGCCCACAAUUUUACGGCUCCAAGCACCAGUAGCGUUCAAUGGGCGGAGCCACAGCCAAGGCUAAGGGUUGGAAAUAUAUUAAAAGAUCCAAACGCUGAUCAAAGUCAGAAGUUUGGAGGUAAGCAGCUGGUGAAUGGAGGCAAGAAUAAACCUGAUGAGGAACCGGAUGAAAGAACUAUAUUACUGACAUUCUCCAAGGGUUGCUGCAUCUCUGAAGUGGAAAUUCGAGAAUUCUUCACAAGAAUUUUUGGAAAUUUCAUAGAAGAGAUAUGUAUGCAAGAUGUGGCUUCUGACGAACAACCAUCGUGUGCUUGGAUGGUUUGCCGCUCAUCUGCCAUGAUUCCUACCAUUGCUCCUCCCAAUAGGAAAACCAAGUACACUGUCAACGGAAAGCAUAUCCUGGCCACAAAGUAUGUAAAGAGAAGUCGCAGGUGA